AUUUAACAAUGGCUAUUUUUCUAAUAAAUAAUAAAAUUUAAUAAUGGCUAAUACGCCAGCGAGCUUUAGUUAUCUCACAGCCUAUGGACCUCCAAUAACAGCCUCAUUUUCUCCUGUUCCUUCAGAACACAAUUUUGUGCUUGAUGAGGAAGUUAGAUUAUAUACCAACAAUAAAGACAGGGAAAAAUACGAGAAUUUGGCGGAUUUGUAUGCCAUUAUUGUAACAAUGGAACAUUUAGAGAAAGCAUAUGUUAGGGAUUCUGUCACCGCUGACGAAUAUACACAAGCUUGUGCACGAUUAAUAGCACAGUAUAAAACGGCACUAAAUUUGGUGCGUGAUUCCGUAACAGAUGUUGAAAAGUUUAUGAAUGAAUAUAAGUUAGAAUGUCCAGCAGCGGUAAAUCGGUUCAAAAUAGGAGUACCAGCUACUAUUGAACAUCCCACUGGCGCUGGACAUGAUAACAGUAAAUUUGCACAAUAUGUUGCUGAAACAGUGCAUCAUUUUAUUACCACUAUGGACGCGUUGAAACUAGGCAUGAAGGCUGUAGAUGAACUGCAUCCUAUGCUUGGUGAAUUAAUGCAAAGUUUAAACAAUGUUAGUUCGUUACCCGCCGAUUUUGAGGGUAAAGCAAAAGUUAGAAAUUGGUUAAUUACAUUAAAUGGAAUGAAAGCCUGUGAUGAAAUUGAUGAAGGACAAAUUCGACAAUUAUUAUUUGAUCUCGAAAACGCCAAUAAUGCAUUUUAUCGUUCUCUUUCGGAUAAGAAUUAAUUUAAUAAGUGAGAACAGAAUAUUUUAAUUUAAAUAUAUCAAUUAAUUAUUUGGCAUCAAGAAAGAUCGCUUAUUAUGAGUGUUAUGGAAGUGAAUUUAUUUGUAAAUCAUCCUUUAUUCAUAUACAUUACAUUACAUGCAUAGAGAUCGUCGGGUAUUUAAUAUUGCUUAACAAAAUUAUAUCUGUCAUUAAACAUUUAUUUUAUAAUAAUUAUUCUAGUUAUAAUAUAAAAAAAAAAUUGAUUAAUUAAAUUAGAUUUAUACAAUCUAAAUUAUUUAAUAUAUUAAUACAAAAUAAUGCUUUGAUCUAU